UUCCAAAUUAGUUUCGUUUUUUUUUGGUUAAUUAAUUUGAGAUUUAAUUGAUUUUCUCUGAAUUUCAGAAUAUUUUUGUCCCAGUUAACUGUUUUAUUUAAUUUACAUUCUAAUUGUUGCUGUUCGUCUUCAUUUGAUUACUUUUUUUUCAAUUGUCGGAAAGAAUGAGAAUCGUUGGUUUAAUUUUUCUAAUUGUUAAUUUAUUUCUUUUACAAUUAGCAAAUUGUCUAGUGGUUAAGAGACAAAUUGUUUUCCCAUCUGAUGAAGAAGAUAGUAAACCAGAAGAUAAUUUGGAUGGUCAAUUGUGUAAAACAUUUCAAGGUGGCCGAGGAACUUGUUUACCAAUUACUUCGUGUUCCAUCUUGAAACAUGAGCGUAAUUUAAAUAUUUUAAGAGGUUCAAUUUGUGGUUUUGAUGGUGUUACACCUAAAUUGUGUUGCCCUUCCUCAAAUGGUUUUGAUAACAAUGGAAAUGUAAAUGGUGGUGAUCCAUUGGUACCUUUACCUUCCAAUAAACCAUCAAAAGAAUCAUCAAGUAUCAAUCCCCAUGGUGUAGUCCCCGAAUCUCAGGUUAAUGGUAAUGGUGAAGGUGAGAAUGGAAGUGAAGAGGGAAAUGGUUCCUCUUCCCAUGUAAUUGUUACACCAAGACCACAACCAACUAAAUCCACUUUUGAAACUUUCAAUAAACCAAAUGGAAAUUUGAAAAAGGAAGACAUUAAACUCAGAAUCCCGGAUAAAUUACCUUCUACCGAAUGUGGUGUCAAUAAACAAGCAGAGACGCGAAUCGUUGGUGGAGUUCCCGCUAAACCUGGAACUUGGCCAUGGAUGGCUGCUCUCAUGUUUGAUGAAAACGGCGCUAAAACCUCCCAAUGUGGGGCAACUUUGGUCUCCGAUAAUGUUAUUUUAACUGCUGCUCAUUGUGUCUACGAAUCUUCGGCUAUCGGUUCUGUUCGUGAUCCAUCAAAAGUAAUUGUAAGAUUAGGUGAACAUGAUAUUGAAAACGAUUCUGAAGAUGAUGCAGUUAAAGAUUUUUCAGUUCAAACAAUCAAAAUUCAUGACGCAUUUGAUCCCAAGACUUAUAGAAAUGAUAUCGCUCUAAUUGUAUUAAGCGAAAAGGUCACUUUUAAUGAAAGAAUGGCACCAAUAUGUUUACCUUAUGAUUCUCAACUUUUUCGAUUUGGAAAUAUAACCGGACGAAGUGCUACAAUUACAGGGUGGGGUCGAACCUCGUUCAACGGUCCAUCAAGUCAAGUAUUACUUCAAGCGAGUUUUGAAAUUGUCCCCCAAGAAUAUUGUAAAGAUGCUUUCAAAAAAUGGGUUCCAAUUAGUAAUGUUUACCUUUGUGCAAGUAAUGUUGGUGCUACACGAGAUUCGUGCCAGGGUGAUUCUGGAGGUCCACUGGUUAUGUUUGAUAAUUCAAUGAGAAAAUGGUAUUUGAUGGGAAUAGUUUCAUUUGGACGGAGAUGUGCAACUCCUGGUUUUCCCGGUGUUUAUACUCGGGUUCCUGAAUUUCUCGAUUGGAUUGAGAAGAACCUUGAAUAGUGAAGAGGAAAUCGAUCCUUAUUUCAUGAUUAAAUUUAAAUGGAACAAGUAAAUUAAUUACCAAUCCAAAACAACUUUCAUCCAAAAAAAAUCAAAGUCUAAUUUCACUAAUGGUUUAGUGUUUAAUUUGUUUUCUCCUCUCGGCAAAGACUCAUCUUAAUUAUUUUAAAUCUUCAUAAUUUUUGUUUAUUAAUCAUCAUUAUUGAUGAAUCUACUUCUUCCAGGUCAAAUACUCACUCGGAACUUUUAUAAUUUAGAUUACAAUUAAAUUGAUUGUACUCUCAAAAGGGAUAAAACUUUAAAAAUUACAAAAUUGUAAAUAUCAAAGUUUUUUCAACUCAAUGACAAAUUGAUUUCAAUUGUUUACAAUUAAAGAUAACCAUUAAACUAAACUUUUUACUCGA